AUGGAGGAGGAGGAGGAGGGGACGGAACUCGCACGAAGUCUUUCCGAACGCCUGAAAACAGGCUGCUACGAGUGUGCGGUCUGCUCCGAAAUUAUUCAUCUUCGUGCCAAGCUUUGGUCCUGCUCCGUAUGCCACGGGAUUGUGCACUUAUCGUGUGUGCGAUUCUGGGUGAGGGCACAGACUGAGGAGCGGGAAAAGCAGAAUGCAGCUUCGGGCGCUGCAUUGUGCGUUGCAUCGCAGUUUCGUUGCCCUCUUUGCCAGUCGAUUAACCCAACGGCUGCCGUGGCGGAGUACACCUGCUUCUGUGGGAAGGUGAAGGACCCAAUUGCGGACCCCCUACUGGUGCCGGGCUCUUGCGGUCAGAUGUGUGAGCGGCGUCGUCGCGAUCCAAGGUGUGGGCAUCCCUGCACGUUGAUGUGUCAUCCGGGGCCCUGCCCUCCGUGUCCCUUGACCCGUCUGCAGUCCUGCUACUGUGGCAAGACGGAGAAAAGCGUCGGUUGCUCCAGUGGGGUGUGCGGCUUUGAAUGCAACGAGGUGUGUGGGAAGUUGCUUGACUGCGGGAGCCACCACUGCACCGCUCUUUGCCAUGAAGGGCCGUGCCCAAUCUGCACGGUGCUAACGACAGAAACCUGCUAUUGUGGGGCCACUAAAAGAAAACGGCGCUGUGGCGAGAAUGAACCCUUCUCGUGCCACAAGGUGUGUGCGAGGCCACUGGAUUGUGGAAAUCACACCUGCCCGUUUGAAUGCCACAAAGGACCUUGCCAACCUUGUCUACGGACGCCUGAGCGACAGACAUUCUGUCCCUGUGGCAAAGUGCGUCUAAGCCAACUCCCUGAUCCUCCAAGGAAGUCCUGUUUGGAUCCAGUUCCUUCCUGCGGCCUUGUUUGCGGGGCGCCCCUUCCGUGCAAUCACACUUGUUCCUUGAUUUGCCAUGACACCCUUGUGUGCCCGCCCUGUACUGAGGUAAUCACCUCAAGGUGUGCGUGUGGUUCUUGCGAUGUGGCAUAUCCCUGCUUUUGUCGUUACUUGCCCCCGGCGGAAUGGAAAGCGGCUGCCGUAAAGUUAAACAUUGACGAGACGAAGGUGUCUCUUUGUUAUCCUCCCAAAUGCCAAAAACCCUGCCGAAAGCACUUGUCAUGUGGCAGGCAUAUUUGUAAGGAGGUCUGCUGCUCCAAUGAGGACCACACUUGCUACCAAAUUUGCACCAAACGGUUGCCGUGUGGCAUUCACACUUGUGGCCAACUUUGCCACAAGGGGCCGUGCCCUCCGUGCGGCGUCGCCUCCUACGAGAGACUGUACUGCCGUUGUCGACGCACGUGGAUUGAGCCUCCAGUGCCCUGCGGCACAAAACCUCCAAAUUGCAGCCACGAGUGCGUGAUCCCUCGUCCUUGCGGCCACCCAGCGAACCACCCAUGCCACAUUGAGGAUAAGUGCCCUGAUUGCGUGGUUCUUGUGGAAAAACGGUGUGCCUCGCAUAAUAAGGUGAUGUCGUACUUUUUGCCUUGCUAUAGGCAGACAAUUUCAUGCGGGAAGAAGUGCGGAAAACUAUUGGGGUGCUGUGGCAAAACAUGCGAAAAGACGUGCCAUGGGGGGGCGUGUGAGCACCAGUGCACACACAAGUUUCCGAUGCUUAAAUAA